AUUAAACUUCCAGCUGAAGAAUUCAACAAAUUCUCCUUAUAAAUAACAUCUCUUUGUAAACAAUAUUGGUCACCAAUCUAAUACAACACUCUUUAAUUAACUUUCUAUUAGCCAUGCAAACUACAAGUUUCUCCCAAUACAACAUUCCAUCGAUUGCGUGGGUGUCACCUCCCCCUACAACCACCAUACUCCAUCAUAAAAUAACCCCAUCGGGGAGUUUAUCGCGGGUCCUCGCAGUGGCUUCACUCACAGCCACACCAUCACGCCACCAGGUUACUCACUCAAUGCCACCAGAAAAAUUAGAAAUAUUUAAGAAUUUAGAAUCUUGGGUUUCCGAAAGCAUCCUCCCCCUACGCAAGCCCGUACAGAACUGUUGGCAGCCCAUAGAGUUUCUCCCUGACCCAUCUCAAGGGCCCGAUGAAUUCGAGCAAGAGGUCCGGGCCCUAAGGCAGCGAGUUUUAGGGCUUUCGGAUGAGUACUUUGUUUUGCUUGUGGGUAAUAUGUUAACAGAGGAUGCUUUGCCUACCUAUCAGACCGUGUUUAACACGUUUGAUGGUGUACGCGAUGAGACUGGUUGCAGCCCAUGUCCGUGGGCAAUUUGGACUCGGUCAUGGUCAGCUGAGGAGAACCGACAUGGUGAUCUGCUAAGGACUUAUCUUUAUCUUUCAGGGAGAGUGGAUAUGUUGAUGAUUGAGAAGACACUGCAAUAUUCGAUUGGAGCUGGAGCUGACAUCGGAGCAGAGAACAAUCCAUAUAUGGGCUUUGUGUACACAUCAUUUCAAGAGCGAGCCACAUUUUUGACGCAUGGUAAUAUGGCUAAGCUAGCUAAAGAAGGUGGAGACCCCGUGCUAGCACGUAUAUGUGGUACAAUUGCAGCAGAUGAGAAGCGGCACGAGAAGGCUUACACAAGAAUUAUUGAGAAGUUGUUGGAAGUGGACCCAAACACGACUAUGCUAGCCAUCGGGAAUAUGAUGAAGAAGAGAAUUAGAAUGCCAUUGCAUCUCAUGUACGAUGGGCAAGAUCCGAAUAUAUUUGAGCAUUUUUCUGCCAUUUCCGAAAGGCAGGGCGUUUACACAUCUCGUGAUUAUGCCGAAAUGUUGGAUUUUUUCAUAACACGAUGGGAACUGGAAAAGCUUGAAGGCUUGACAAGCGAGGCAAGGCGUGCACAGGAUUUUGUGUGCGGACUUCCAUGCAAGGUUAGGAAGUUGGAAAAUCGAGCCAAGAAAUUAGAGUCCCGUCCCGUGAAGUUUAGUUGGAUUUUUAACAAGCAAGUGCGAGUUUAGAUAUAUUGAUUUGUAAUAAAGAUUUAAAAUAAAUGCUUAUCCUUUCAAUUAA